UCACCGUCUGCCAACAGUGUGUGGGUUUCUACAGACCAUGAUGAAAUUGAGAAGGUUGCAAAGCAGUUUGGUGCUCAAGUUCACCGCAGAAGCCCCGAAGUAUCUCAAGACUCCUCAACUUCUCUAGAAGCUAUCAGAGAGUUUCUUAAUCAUCAUCAUGAGGUUGAUAUUGUGGGAAAUAUACAAGCAACGUCUCCCUGCUUACAUCCCAGUGAUCUCGUAAAAGUGGCAGAUCUGAUCCAGAAGGAAGGGUUUGAUUCUGUCUUCUCUGUUGUGAGACGGCAUCAAUUUAGAUGGAGCGAGGUAAAAAAAGGAGAAAACAAAAUGACAGAGCCCCAAAACCUGAAUCCAGCAAAACGCUACCGGAGGCAAGAUUGGCCUGGGGAGCUGUACGAAAAUGGCUCAUUUUAUUUUGCCAAGAGGCAUUUGAUUGAGAAAGGCUACUUGCAGGGUGGUAAAAUGGCCUACUAUGAAAUGCGUGCAGAGCACAGUGUGGAUAUAGAUAUAGACAUUGAUUGGCCUAUUGCAGAGCAGAGAGUAUUGAGCUUUGGAUAUUUUGGCAAAGAGCCAUUAAAAGAGGUGAAGCUAUUGGUUUGCAGUAUUGAUGGAUGCCUGACAAAUGGUCGCAUUUAUGUGACAGAAGAUCAGAAGGAAAUGGUCUCCUACGAUUAUAGAGAUAUUGUUGGUAUCGAUCUAUUAAAGAAAAGAGGAAUCCAGGUUCGACUCAUCUCUGAAAGAGAUUGUUCCAAAACACUGUCAGCCAUGCAGCUGGGAUGUGUAGCAAAAGUUAGUGCAACAAACAAAUUACAAGUCCUGGAGGACUGGCAAAAAGACAUGGGUUUGAGCUGGAAAGAAGUCGCUUACUUAGGAAAUGAAGAGUCUGAUGUGGAAUGCCUGAAGACAGCUGGCAUGAGUGGUGUGCCUGCUGAUGCUUGUGCAGUUGCUCAGAAGGCUGCUGGUUAUAUUUGUAAAAGCAGUGGUGGCUGUGGAGCUGUGCGGGAGUUUGCAGAACACAUAUUCCUGUUGUUAGAAAAAGUGAACUCUGCAAGGAAGCAAAUGGAAGAAGUGAGUUCAGCAGAAAGG